AUGUUCGACAUCUUUGCGAAACUGCUGUCGUCCAUCACCUCCUUCCUCUUCCCCCUCUUCGCCUCCUACAAGGCGCUCAAGACCUCCGAUCCCGCCCAGCUCACACCAUGGCUCAUGUACUGGGUCGUGCUGGCGUGCGCCCUCCUGGUUGAGAGCUGGACAGAAUGGUUUCUGGUGUGGGUUCCGUUGUACUCGUACAUCCGCCUCCUCUUCCUCCUCUACCUCGUCCUGCCUCAGACCCAAGGCGCGCGCGUGAUAUACACAACCUACAUCCACCCCUACCUGGAGGACAACGAGUCCCAGAUCGAGGAGCUCAUCGCCACAACCCACGACAAGAUGAAGGCCGCCGGCAUCGCAUACCUCAAGCGCGCCAUCGAGGCCUUCAGGACCCAGGUGCUCGGCCUGCCGCCCAACCCGGAGGCGCAUGCAGAGAGCAGCGUCCCCGCGUCGCAGCGCCCGCGCAGCUACACCCAGGCGCUGCUGGACAGGUUCCAGCUCCCGCAGGCCCAGUGGUCGGGUAACGCCGGGAGCACCGCGGGGCAGGACUUCUACUCCUUCCUCUCCAACGCCGUCAACGCAGCUACGGCCGCCGUCGUCGCCACGGAUAACAAUAACAACAAUAACAACAGUACAGCGGUUUCGGGCAGGAAGGCGGCGUCCGCGUCGAGGGGCACCGGCGUCGGCGCGUUUCCCACGGACGAUCUGUCUGCUUCCGGGACGCUCGUGCCGGCCAGCAUACAGGACAACGCUGACAAGAUGACCUUCCUCGCCGCCCAGCGCGAGCGGCUCAACUACGUCCUCAGCGCGCUCGACCGCGAGGCCGCGCAGCUGAGGUCCGGGGCAGCAGCGACGCCGGCCAGCGAGCAAGAGAUCAGCCUCGAGGGCUUACAGCCCGGCGGCGGCAGCGGCGAGAGGCCGACGACAUCGUCUAGCGGGAAGAGCACGGGCGGCCUGAGCAAGAGCCGUAGCGAGGUUGACUUUGAGAAGAUCGAGGCCGAGAGCGGCGCUGAGGACAACACUCAGGAGUCGGCACAGGCCACGCCGGCCCCUCCGGGUGGUUCGUGGUUGCCCUGGCAGUGGAGCGCGUCGUCGUCGGACGCGGGGAAGAACAAGUCCGAGUAG